GCUAUGGCGAUUAUUACUCUUUGGCUUACUUCACGUGACACAUGGAAUGUUGAAAAUGCCAGACUUCAACUCAGGUUGGUUAGAUCUGUUACCGGAUAUGAAUUCUACAGAAACUGUAAAGAUAGUGUUGCACGGACUCCAUGAGACGCCGUUACUGGUGGACGUUCAGUUCAAAACGAGUGAUAACGGUCCUAUAUAUCAAGCUUCAGGGCACAUAAUUCAAAACACAGAUUUAGGAACACAAGUGGUUAGGCCAUCUGGAUGUUGGAGAACAACAUGUGGAAUUUACGACCCAGACAGUGAAAAUGGAGUAAUGUAUGUAUAUGACAACCGGGUGGUCAAGGUCAUAGACAUAUCUCGAAAUAAAAACAGAGACUACGGAAAGUGCAAAUUCACAGCCGAGCUGCCGGAUGGUUUGACGAAGAAAGUCCGAAUUCGAGCCUGGAAGUCAAAAAGUUUGCCGGAGCCAUCUUUUACAAAGACUAUAUAUGUGGCUGGCAAUUUUGAGAAAAUCGAAAUAACGCAUGGUUUUGGAAAGUAUCCUGAACUCGUCAUAUCAAGAAUGAAAUAUAUCUAUUCGAAAUGCAAAUUCUUUCGGGACGUUUAUUCAGAUUCGAUAGGUGCACCAAUAAGAAUGCUUGCCGAAUCACCCGAGAAAACCGGUUAUAUUGCAUAUGAAUAUGAUGAAAAAAGUAUUUUACUUUGGAAAGCAUCUGAAGCUUUGAUCGCUGGGUACGGAACAGGAAGGGCAAUUAUCACAGGUGGGUCGAUAGAGAUAUAUGCUUGGAAUUCAACAGAUAUGUAUGGAACGACAAUGAAAAAAUCCUUUGUUUAUGAUUCUGUAGACAUACCAACGGUACCGGGAAUAGAAAUGGACGAUAAGACAAAAAUCGCUGAAUUAUUUAACAGAUCUGUUCAUGUAUUUGAUGUUGUGAUUAACAAGUCAAUUCCUGUUAGUGAAUUGAUUGACAAGGAAUUGACAAUUACUCGCAUUUUAAACGAAUCAUUGACUGUUGGAGAAGUCAUUAAUACAACCUAUAUUAAUGACAUAAUAAAAUGUGAAAACAAAUCUACCCUUAAGCAAAUUAUGGGGAUGUCAGAAUCACUUCGAAUAGUUUUAGAUGGAACAGUUACUCUAAUGAAUGUACUCGAUACAAAUUUGCCGAUAGGAUAUGUUAUUGACAACAAUUUACCUAUCGGACAAGUGCUAAAUACCUCUUUGAAAGCUGAAAUUCCGUUAAAUGAUAAAAUUUUCUUUCAUGAAUUCAUAGACACUUCUAUCACACUGGAUGCAAUUAUAGAAAACACUGUUGUUAUUAAAGAAGCAUUUGAUUAUAUUCAAUUAUUUAAUGAAUCAGUGGAACUAGAAAAUAUUUUUAACGGUGAUUCAAUAUUUUUCUUAUUACGUGAACUAUAUAAAUCUGGAAGAGCACUCAAUGACAGUAUCACCGUUUUUAAAAGCUCUGUUUAUACAGUUGCUACAAGUGCAAACAACCUAAACAUUUCUUUCCUCAACGACAAAAAUAAAUCAAAGGAAACACCACAACUACUGCAAUACCUCGAAGACAUAAGUAAACAGCUAGAUACAAUUAAAGAUAAAGUGUCUGAAAUGGAGGAAUCGGCUGCAUACCUACACUUUGAUAAUAGAACCUUCAAUGAACUACAUACUGAAAUUGGUAAAGUAGAUAUCUUGACAAUUAAAACAUUUGAGUGUGUGUCUAUUAUUACAGGAUUGCUUGAACAAAUGGUUGACUUGGUAUCAGAAAAGCCAACUUUAUCUGGUGAUAUAGUUGAUUUUAACCGAACCUUUGGAAUGUCUUCCUCACUCUAUAGUUUGCUUAAAAUUAAAUAUGAAAAGUGGCUUGAUGAUUCAUUUGCACUAAUUUUUAGUAUCAGAAAAGAAUCUGAUCGGGACAUUCAAAUUUUAGAGCUGAUAGCGACACACAUUAAACUUGGAGAUUUGUUGAACUCUUCAAUAUAUCUGAAAGAUGUGCUUCACAGUUCCGUAACACUUCAGGAAUUAGAAAUGGCUGGAAAUAAAGUGUGGACAUCUUUAGAUAAAAAAUUGCAAAUUUCUGAUAUCAUCAAUGAUCAUGGCAAUUCAGUUUAUUUAGUUGAUAUUUUAGUACAAUCUGACAAUGAUAAAAGUCGAGUAUUGCAACCAGAUUACAUCCUUCCGGUUGUGAUCAAUGACCUGGAACAUACAUUAGUUAGAGCAUUCGUGGAAGCAUAUGACACUCAGAACAAAAGCUUACGUACAACAGUUACUGGUACAUUACAAUGGUAUGAGCACAUGGUAAUGCCAUCAUAUUGUCACUUUGGUGGUAUGGUUUCAAGCUUCAAACAAGACCGAGUUAAUUUUUGGUAUUCAGAAAAAUACCCUGAAUGUUCAACCAUGUGUCAAGAAAAAACAAAAUGUGACGAUACCUCUAAAUGUAGAACAGCAGCUUCUUUUCAACUAUAUUUUUUAACAAAAAUCUGGAACGUAGAAAAAGAUUUCUGUGUCAGUAGUCCCUGUAAAUAUGGCGGAAAAUGUAAAAACUUACAACAGACCUUUAAAUGUUACUGCAAAGCCGGCUGGAAUGGUACCUACUGUGAUAACAAUAUAAACGAUUGUAUUGGACAGUGCAAGAAUUUUGUUGAGUGUAUUGACAAAGUUAAUGAUUACACAUGCGUAUGCAAGCCUGGAUGGACAGGAAAGAACUGUAGCUCAGAAUCACAGCCUUUCAAAGUUCUUCAUACCGAAGAAUCACAACCUUUCAAAGAUCUUCAUACCGAAGAAUCGAUAAGUGACAGAAACCUUGUAAUACUUGGGACUAAUGAAUUUGACAUAACAAGGUUUUCUACAAUCAAAUCAAGACACAGUUGUAUAAAGUAUGUAAAAGCAAUUAAUAUCGAAAGACAGACUAACCAAAAGGAUAAGAAUGUGACUGUGACCGUGGAUUUGCUGGUAGCUGACUGUAUUGCACAUUCUGUAUCCUGCUCGAUCCUUUGGGGUGAUGGGAACAAGACCAACUUGAAUGUUUCGUAUUCAACCGAAAAACAUAACCACACGUACUUAAAUUAUGGAGUAUACGAAAUUCAGACCGAAUGUAAAGAGUCUCAUGGAAAAAUAACUCGUUGUCCGGAAACGAAAUGCUGCAUGAAUACAAACAAUUUCUUGGAUGAUUUGUACCGGGAUUUUACACAUCCAAAACGAGUUUUAGCUGACAAAACAGUUGAAAUAAACAGCUAUGAUGAUAUAAAUAAAACAUGUGCAGGUGCUGAGUUUCAUUGGCGAUUUAUACAAGUUUUUUCGAAUAAACUGAUGUCCUUUACGGACUUCAGUCAACCACACUCCGGUAAUAUAGUACUUCCUGGUGGCACGCUUAGACCAGGCACUUAUGUUGCCAUCUUAGAAGUGGUAUUAGAGAGUUCCUGGUUCAAUGAUUUUAUUGUACUUGAAGUUACAUUUCCGGAUUUGUAUAUGUUUAUUUCAGGCGGUGACUUUCUUUACGUCCCGCACGGCAAAAUCGUUUAUGUGAAUGCUUCUGAAUCUCAUGAUACCGUCCGUGGCUUAAAUUAUACUAAUAAUUCAAAGUUAGUUUCACAUUGGACUUUUGAACUUAUUUCUACAGAAACCUCUGAUAUGGAAGUGUAUAAUCAAAUUAACAGACAAAUUUUAGGUGUAGGUAAAAGAUAUAAAUUACGAACGGGAAAUGUGAAUAUUCUUAAGGUAUGGACAGGUUAUUUUCCAAUCAAUUCCUAUGGUGUUGCUGUCUUUACGAUGUCAAAAGGAAGCAGCCAUUCAAGAGUCUUUCAAGUCUUAAAAUUUGUUGAAAACGCUCUACCUGUAUCAAUAAGCUGCGUAUACAACUGCUUUGCUUUGCAUGGUGGCUUGAUUAAUUUUGACAAGCUGAUACUUGAUACAGAGAUAGAGACGACCGCCAGUGGGAACUAUUUUAUUUAUGAAUGGAACGUAUAUAACUGGCAAAAUGGCUCUUUUGUUCGAGUAAAAGAUGUGAUUGAUAAUACAGAUAAGACAUCAAUAACAAUUCCAAAAGAGAACGUAGAUGAAGGUUUUACUUACAUUUUCGAAGUCAAGGUCACUACAAGUGACAGAAAAUUGACAGGCAUUGUUGCCGUAAUAAGAACAUUUGAUAAUGUUCCCUAUGGAGGCACAUGCAUUAUUGAUAGAGACCAUGUGGUGUCUGCAUUCGACAUGGUUCAACUUCAAUGUCAUUCAUGGAAAAUCCGAAGCAAGAGGCUGACAAUGAACAACAUCAUAGAUACAACCCCUUUUCUUACAUAUACAAUUAUACAAGAAACAGUUGGCGCUUUUAUUGAAGAGGAGCCAAUCACACAACGGGGUGACCGAGAGGUAUUAAUCGUGCUUAAAGUUGGAAAUUGGGAAAGAAAUUACGAAACGUCAAUCAACGUCCGUAUAGCAGAUAUUUACAAUAACUUCAAUGUAUAUACCAUUCCAAACAUUUCGUCAACACCAGUUCUUGAUGUAGAUGGUGUAGAUACGACUGAAUCAGGGGCUCAAAUGAUUCGUGACUAUAUCAAGGGUGACUAUUCCGAUGUUUUAGACAAAUUGCAGUCCAUCUUUGAUAGAACUGCUAUCACAAUGUAUUACAUCUCUGCUGUAUGCAGCAAUAUAUACCUCAUAGAGUUAAAUGAAAAAGAGCCUGUUGUUCAAAAUGUUUUAAACGAGAAAGGCAAUGGUAUGAUUCUGGACUUGUCAAAAUACGGGAACAGUUCCAUUACGAGUUUUCAAGACACGCUAAAAGAGACCCUGAACAAAACGCUGGACCCUACAACAUUAAUAUUGCAAGAGUUCCUCAAAAGCAUGACAGACACUGUGACACAAAUUUCUACGAACCUUAACGAACACCCAGAGAACGUUACCUACAGAAUAGUGUUUUCAAUUGUCACAAACGCCUAUUCAAAUCUUGCAUCAAAAGCAGACUUCAUUGACAAAGCAACUACAGGUCGGUUAGUGAAUCUUGUAGAAAGUACUGGAUCGAGAAAUGUUGGUAUUGACAAUGAGGACGAACUGGAAGAAGUCGCUGAACAGACAUUUCGAAUGUCAAUGACCGUAUCUGGCGCUAGCGUAUCCAGUUCCCUUGACCAAUACCGGUCAACAGAUGAUAUAUACAGUGCGAUGCGCCAGAUUGACGACAUGCUGUCUGUUGUUGGACAUGAUAUAAAUAUCUAUACAGCGACCUUAUCACCUCAAGAAAGAGCAUUUCUUUACUUGAAAAUUCAGCGUCAACUUUAUUUGUUUAUAGAUGAAGUGAAAGAGAAUGCAAAACUUGCUGCAAAGUCAACGGUCAGUUUGGCAAACGAUAUGCAAGACAAAAUAAAGCAAUGUCAAGGGUGCAAUAACCAUGCCUCUGGCACAGAUAAACAGUUGCUGAAGAAAACAAGUGCAUGCAAAUUCAAGAAAGAAAAGACCAGUACCAAAUCGUGCGCCUUCAAACUGGAUGAUAUUGAUUUGCAUGACAAUAAAAGCUGUGAUGAGACACAAGUAUCCGUUUCAGCAAUCGAGUUCAAGGACAAUGUGUACAUGUAUGAUAAUGACGGAACAUCAAGCCUUAUAACCUCAAGUGUGCUACGAUUAGACGUAAAAACAGCUGAGCAACGCGUAUCAGCUAAACAUAUAACUUUUGAACAAAGAGUCAUUACUCCAAAACCAAUACAUAUCACACCCCAUGUGGACCAGGAAGACGCCUCUCAAUUUAUGUACCAUAGAUUCCUGUAUCAAAAAAGUACUGACAGUGUUUGUGUCGUUGUUCAACCUCUCGGAAAUCAGGAUCUAAAAAGCUACCUUAUUUAUAUAAAAUUCAGCGAACCGCCAUCGAUAAUUGAUUAUGAUCUCAAAUUUAGUGUGUUUGGGGACAAUCACUGGCAAACGUGUAUUGAUCCACAUCGCAUGAAAGAACACACUGGUGUUACCUUUUUGGCAGUUAGUUUUGAAGGAAUCGAUAUGUCCAAACUUGACACAGAAAGCUCAGAGAGAAAAGUAGUGGAACAGGGUGAAGACGAAAGAUUUGACUAUAAAAUUACAAUAGUAACUAUGGGAUGCCUAACAUGGGAAGAGGAAAAAUCACAAUGGAAUGCAAAAAAGUGUCAGCUGAUUGAUUGGCAUCGAGAAGAAGAAAAUAUUGUUUGCCUUUGCCAAGGAGUGACCGAUAUGGUCUUUGGAAAUUCUUUCUUUGUUGCUCCAAACGCUAUUGAUUUUUCAAACGUUUUUCUGAAGUUUUCUCCGCUAAACCAAGCUGCUGUUAUCGGCACCCUUGCUGGAAUCUUCAGCGUCUAUAUAAUUUCAGUGAUUAUCUUCGCUCGACUUGACAAGAAGGAUAAAUUAAAGUGGGUCAUAACACCACUACGCGACAAUUACAUCACUGAUGAAUACUUUUAUUUGAUAAGAGUUUUUACGGGCAUGCGCAGAGGAGCAGGUACCAGGUCUCGUGUUGCUUUCCAUUUGAGCGGUGAAUAUGACAUAUCCGGUCAGCGAGAGUUAUUUGAUGGUAUACGAGAGGAGUUUAGCACUGGCAGUGGAAUGUCGUUCAUUAUGUCGACAUAUGAAGAUCUAGGUGAUUUGCAGAGUCUUCAUAUAUGGCAUGACAAUAGUGGUGAGGGCAGAUUUGCAUCAUGGUACCUAAGUCGAGUCGAUGUAUAUGACUUGCAACGGCAUAAAACAUACUAUUUCCCUUUUGAAACCUGGCUGUCUCUUGAAACCUGCCUAGAAGCUAAGUUAUCGCCAGUACCAACAAACCAAUCUUUAAAUCUGGAAUCCAGAUUCUUUGGUAAUUUAAGACAUAGACUUUCUGAAGGACACAUGUUUAUAUCAAUAGUUUACCGACCAACAAUGAGUGUUUUCACACGUGUUCAGCGUGCGUCAUGUGCUCUCGUGUUUAUAAUGCUUAACAUGUUAGCUAACGCAUUAUAUUUCAACCCAGAGCCUAACUACCAGACACCAGCAUUGCUACAAAUAGGACCAUUCCGAUUUACAUCUCAACAAAUAUACAUAUCUGUUUUCUGUGCCUUGUUUUCAACUAUACCGGUAUGUUUCCUUAUCGAACUUUUUAAAAGAACAAAGAGAAACCAGGAAACAACUGAAAAAACCUGCUGCAGCUGUUGCUGUCCUAGUCAUGGCUCUAAAUAUAAACAGAAGGCAAAUGAGACACGACAACAUGAAGAAUUCCUAAACUCAGCAUCUCUUUUGACGGAAACAGAACAGUCUGAAUAUAGUAUACGGCUGCCACAUGGAUUUAUAUAUCUAGCUUGGUUUGUUGUUGCUGGAGGAACGAUAACUCCUGCUUUCUUUGUUCUGUUGUACAGUAUGGAGUGGGGCAAACAGAAAUCUGAGGAGUGGCUGACAACAUUGACCAUGUCUUUACUGGAAUCAAUUUUACUAAUAGACCCAUUUAUAGUCGUAUGCAUUUCCCUCUUUCUUGCUGUGAUACUACGUUCGAGAACUCUGAGAAAGGACUCUAGUGCCACAAAAACGGUCACCAAAUAUAGACAUAGCCUUGGACUUGGUGAGGAAGAAAACACUGUUUCAUCUAGUGUGGCUGUGCUGAAAUCUAUUGUGACGGAGUUCAAGUCUUAUAAAUUGAAUCCAAGAAAUGUUUCAAUGCCUGUUCAGGGAGAUAAUCUUAAACAAGCGCAAGAAAAACAACGACAAAAUUCAAACUUUCAGAACUCUUUGAAGGAUAUUAAAUUGAACCUUGUUUUCAUUAUCAUUGUGUCAGUAAUCUGCUAUUCCAACAGAGAUGUCAGGUCGUUUCUACAUCAUUCGCACCUUUCCAACAGACUUGUUACACCAAGUGAUACCCAGAAGUUUCACUCGAUAAAAUCACCAAAUGAUUUGUUUAAGUGGAUAAAUGAUACAAUGAUCCCGUACCUAUUCCGUGAACAUGACGAAUACGGCAUUGUCUUACACUGGACAGAGCGACAAUUCACACAUGAUCAUUAUCUAAGACUCGGGCCGCCAAGACUACGACAGCUACGGACCAAACAAGGUACUUGUGACAUACCAUAUAUUGACCAGCCAAUUUGUUUUGGUGAAUAUCGUUUAUGGAAUGAAGAGGACAAUAACUAUUGUAUUGGAUGGAAGAAUCACCCGUCAUGCAGAUUAACCGAGAGUUUUUAUAAUGUGACAUCCUCGGCAUGGAAAUUCAGACCGUCUCUAGAUAUCUGGGGAGUACCUUUGACAGGAUACUACACAACAUACGGUGGCGGAGGGUAUAUAGCAUCACUUCAUGUUAAUCUCAAUUAUUCUAUCGGCAUUAUCAACGAACUGUAUAAAAAUCUAUGGAUUGAUCGUCAGACUCGUGCUGUAAUAGUAGAAUUUACACUUUACGACGCUUCUACAAACUUGUUUGUUUACAAUAUGUUUAUGACAGAGUUUCCUCAAACAGGCGGUGCAUUCACAACGUACAACACGUACCCAUUACGUGUUUAUCCACACCAUGGGGCGACUGGAACGUGGACUCUAGUAUGCGAAAUAUUGUUUGUGUUUUAUAUCACAUGUUUCUUCAUCCGAAUGUGUUUCAGGAUAUACAGACUACGAUUUGAAUAUUUCAAAAAGUUUUGGCCAGUUUUCGACUUUGUCCUCUUCAAUGUUGCUGCAACGGCUGUAGUUUUUUAUUGUUUUCGUCUACGAUUUUCAUUAGAAACAAUCGAGAGGUUCAAAAAGGAUAAUAAAAUUUUUGUAAACUUUAGUCAUAUUAUGGUUUGGGAUCAAGCUUUUGUGCUAUCUCUAGGAGUGUUAGCAUUUAUAGCAACAAUAAGGAUGCUCGAGGUACUGUCUACACUUAAACAUUUGAAAGCAAUCGUGGAUAUCUUCAGAAAAUGUGGCAAAGAUCUGUUUUGGUAUGGCUUAUCAUUUGUUCAGAUAUUUUUAGGGUUUUGUGGGUUGGGAUUAUUACUCUUUGGUUCGCAACUUGAAUCUUACAGAAAUUUAUACCAGUGUAUGGGAACACUAUUUAUUGCAAUGAUUGGAAAAAGUCGAUUCUCAGAAAUAAAUGAAACAAACCCUGUGUUGGCGAAGGUUUUCUUCAUACUAUACGUUUUGAUUGUCGUUUAUUUCUUCCUAACCAUUUUCCUCGCCAUUAUUGGAGCAAGCAUCGACGAAGUGGUUCAACAAAAUCGCACUGGUCCGGAUCACGAUCUUAUUGCAUACAUGAUACAGAAAAUCAAAGACCUCUUCAACAAACCCGCCUUAAAAAUACAAAAGCAAAAGAGAAAAAUGAAAACUACUCCAACACUAACAAACAAUAAAAUUACGUAAAAUACCACAAAUGCUGUUAGACUGAGGAGAGUAUCAAACAUAGCAAUGUAUUGUAUUUGUACCAUACAACCAGUCGUCUGUAUUGAUAUUACGAACUAUCAAGUAACAGAUCAUCUGAUUUUUAACAUAUCAUGACAAGAGUGCGAUUACUUUAGACGUAUAGAUUCGACCCACUUUAGUAAUUGUCUUUAUAUAUUAAAAAUGACAAGUGUUUCUGUUAAUCAUUAAUAUUGUUUUUACUUUUCAUAUAUAUCAUACAAUGGUGGUUUAUAUUUGUUAUAAAACUGACUAAAUUCAAUUGUACUUUAUACAGUUAUGUCACAUUUGUGAGCUGAAUGCAGAUAAUGCUUUCUUUUCAAAUUGAAUUCAUCGUCAAUAAGAUGAAGAAAAACAUAUGUUUGUUAGUCUGUAACACCAAAAUUAGCAAACACCUUAAAAUACAAACACAACAUUUGAAAAGUUAUAAAAUACUAUAUGAAUGGUAAAGUUUGUGUACGAGUGUAUAUAUUAGAAAAUUUUGAAUUUAUGUUAUAGAUUCAUGAACAUUUUCUUUGUUAAAAUAGUCCAAAUCUUCAUCAUUUUUCAAAUCGUUUACAUUUAAACAUUGAAAUAUAUUGCACACAUUUCCAUUUUAUGCUUAAUAUAAAAAUCAGUUUUUUAAUUGGUAACCAGUUAUAAAAUGAGAGUUAUUUUGAAAGUCCUUGUGACAAUCAAACAAAACCUGCAUUUUUUUCUUUUAUUUGUGAUUUUCUUGUUUUUCUGUGGUAAAACUACAGCUGUUUAUGAUUUUUUAGCUCACCUGAGCUAGCUCAGUGUGAGCUUUUAGGAUCGUUGAAUGUCCAUCUACAUUUGUUCGUUAGCUCUCUAGCGGUCACAUUUUUGUCAGGAUGCUUAUCUUGGUAAUAGCUCGGAUGAAGUCGAACAUGGGUCAUCUCGGAUGAAAAACUAGGUCACAAGAGUUAAGGAUAUGAGGCCUGCUUUUUAAAUUUGUCUUUUGACGUUAUAUCUGUGAUGUGCAGGCUUCAUAACCUCUGAUCCCCACUCAAAAUUCCAUUUUAUUUUGUUCCGCCCAUUGUUUUCUCGUUUAGGGCACACGCAUUUUUUAACUUGGGGGACCAUAUGCCGCUUUUCAUGGAAUGGCAUUUAGUGUCACAUUGAAGGUUCCAUGAUAACCGCCAUAUGAACACAUCUGCGGAUGUUUCAAAAUUCAAAAUUUUACCAGUUCAUGUUAAAUGUUGAAUUCUGCUUAAGCCGGUGCUAGGGGGCGUGGUCGGUAGCUUACACUUGACAGUACCGUCCAUGAACAGGCUCAAUCAAACCGAGCCUGCAACAUUUUCAAUUUUGACGUGUUGGGCUUUCUUUGGGGAUUCUUAUUUCACUCUAUUUUAUCGCAACAUCAGCGUUGUUUGUGCCGUGUGGAGGUUGUUAAAAGUCGCCCCGUACAUUCAAUCAGGGAUGUUAUAUUUCCGAUCCUUAAAGAUCGUUCAGCACGACAUUAAUGUUGUGCUUGUGGUAUUUUAGUUCUAUCUAUUCGGCAUCUUUCUUGUUGGGUGGUUCCAGUAUUCCUCACUUGAAUACUGUUGAAUCACCCUUAGGAUAUGAGGCCUGCUUUUUAAAUUUGUCUUUUGACGUUAUAUCUGUGAUAUGCAGGCUUCAUAACCUCUGAUCCCCACUCAAAAUUCCAUUUUAUUUUGUUCCGCCCAUUGUUUUCUCGUUUAGGGCACACGCAUUGUUUUACUUGGGGGACCAUAUGGCGCUUUUCAUGGAAUGGCAUUUAGUGUCACAUUGAAGGUUCCAUGAUAACCGCCAUAUGAACACAUCUGCGGAUGUUUCAAAAUUCAAAAUUUUACCAGUUCAUGUUAAAUGUUGAAUUCUGCUUAAGCCGGUGCUAGGGGGCGUGGUCGGUAGUUUGCACUUGACAGUACCGUCCAUGAACAGGCUCAAUCAAACCGAGCCUGCAACAUUUUCAAUUUUGACGUGUUGGGCUUUCUUUGGGGAUUCUUAUUUCACUCUAUUAAAAUAGAAAAACCUUGUUAACACUCUAGCGGUCACAUUUUUGAUACAAUCAUCAUCAAUCUUUGUCAGGAUGCUUGUCUAGGUAAUUGCUCAGAUGAGGUCGAACAUGGGUCAUCUCGAAUGGAAAACUAGGUCACAGGAGCUAAAAACAGAAAAACCUUGUAAACACUCUAGCGGUCACAUUUUUGCCUCAAUUAUCAUCAAACUUUGUCAGAAUGCUUGUCUAGGCAAUUGCCCAAAUGAGUACGAACAUGGGUCAUCUCGGAUGAAAAACUAGGUCACAGGAGCUAACAAAAAUAGAAAAACCUUGUUAAUCCUCUAUUGGUCACAUUUUUGACUGAAUUAUCAUCAAACUUGGUCAGAAUGCUUGUCUAGGUAAUUGCUCAAAUGAGUACGAACAUGGGUCAUCUCGGAUGAAAAACUAGGUCACAGGAGCUUAAAAUAAAAAUAUGUUGUUAACACUAGUGGCUACUGUUUUGAUCCAAAUAUCCUGGAAAUUGGUCUGAAAGUUUGUUUUGAUAAUUUCUAGGUCAAGUUUGGAUAUGGGUCACCUGGGGUCAAAAACUUGGUCACACUGCUCAAAUAUCGAUAAUCCUUGGUAACACUCUAGUGGUUAUGACUCACCUGUCAUGAAACUUGGUCAGAAUGCUUGUCUAGGUUAUUGUUCUGAUGAGUUUGAUGGGUCAGGUGAGCGAUUUAGGGCCAUCUUGGCCCUCCUGUCUGUAUAUUGACCGGUGACAUUGAUUGAAUAUGUCACAACCACGCUUCUUUAUGUAUUAGUUUUUACAGUGUUAAGGUUUUAUAAGUUUAAAUUCUACAUCAUGUAUUUUAAAACAUUUCUUUAUGAGUCUUGAAAGCAAUUUUAUAACUUUAAAUAACGAUGCUGUCAAUGUGUUAGGGGUAUUUUAUGAACAAAUGAUAAAUGUAUCUCCGGUUUCAUAAAUAUAUGAAUAUACAUAAAUGAUGUAUGGUGUAUCUGUUUCAUUAUUGUUGCUAAAUAAAAUUUGCUUUGC